GGAAAACCAAGGCAAGAGGGACCUGGCUUUGAGUUGCUGUUGAAAUCCACCGGCUCCUUUGGGUUUGUGUAGGUCUACUUUGUUGUGAAUGCAUUUAAACUUUAUUCUUGUUUCUCUUUGCUGCCAUUUGGCCUUUGAUGUGUAAGAAUGAUGGCAAGCAGGACUUGUUGCUGCCUUUAGUCUGGGGCCUGAGUUUGUUGCUUUUUGCUGCUCCUUUUUCUUUCCUUUUUGUUGAAAUGUAUGAUUUUUUCAUAAUUGUGGUUUUCCAGUGAGUGCUCGUUAAAGUUUCGCUAUGAACGCGUGUUUCCUAUUGUAAUGGAUACAUCUUUGCAAACAUGAAUGUUUGGAAACAUGGCAACUGCAGUUAUUAGAGCAAAAUCCUCUAUUCCUUCAGGCUUCACCAGUCUGUUUUUUCCGUCUAUCUGCAUAAGUGUAGUUUGUCAAUCUAAAAGCAUAACUGAAGCUAGAUGUCUGUGAUACAGCAAUUCUGGCAAAAGGGAAACUGCUGGGAAAACUAAGUUCUUAUAAGAAACUAUUUCCUUGUCAAAUAGUACAGUAGAAGGAAAAAAGAAGCUAGAGGUCUGUGAUGCUGCAAUUCUGGCAAAAGGGAAACUGCUGGGAAAACUAAGUUCUUAUAAGAAACUAUUUCCUUGUCAAAUAGUACAGUAGAAGGAAAAAAAGGAAAAAGGAAAAAAUAGUACAGUAGAAGAAAAAAGGAAAAAAAAGCUCCAUACUGGAGUUAUGGCUGUUUGAACUGAACUAAGUGGCAUUAAAACACACAGAAUGCCAUCUAGUUAUUUCUGCCCUUGUUUCUCCAAUUCCAGGUAGAAAUGAGCAUAUUUGCCCCCAAACCGAAAUUGUGAAUUGGAUGAGUGAGCCUGCUUAGCCUUAAAGUUGAGAUGAAGUCAAGGCGAUUCCUCUACCGACCUGACAACUUCCCGUUUGCAUCCUGUCCCUGGGGAGCGGCUCCUGCUCAGUGCUGUGGGCACUCAGCCCAUCUGUGUUCCUGUGAAGGAUGGGAAACAGCAGAGGUGAGAAUAUCCUUCAUCUGCAAACGGGCAGACUUGAACUGGAUGAUUUGAAGAUGGUACGCCAUUUCUCCUAGCAUGACAGCCGUCUGAUUAGCAACCACAAGAAUUUGACUCCUGUGUCUGGAGCUGUGUCUGGAGCUGGGGUCUAGUCACUGCCCGCAACUGCCGAGCUGCCAUGGCCUCCACCUCUCCUUCCACCCCAGUAAUUUCACAGCCCCAGUUCACAGCCAUGAAUGAACCACAGUGCUUCUACAAUGAGUCUAUCGCCUUCUUCUAUAACCGGAGUGGAAAGUAUCUUGCCACAGAAUGGAACACAGUCAGCAAACUUGUCAUGGGACUUGGGAUCACUGUGUGCAUCUUCAUCAUGUUGGCCAACCUACUAGUCAUGGUGGCAAUCUACGUCAACCGUCGCUUCCAUUUUCCUAUUUAUUACUUAAUGGCUAAUCUGGCUGCUGCAGACUUCUUUGCUGGGUUGGCCUACUUCUACUUAAUGUUCAACACGGGGCCCAAUACUCGGAGACUGACCGUCAGCACGUGGCUCCUCCGUCAGGGCCUCAUUGACACCAGCCUGACGGCAUCUGUGGCCAACCUUUUGGCGAUUGCAAUUGAGAGACACAUCACAGUUUUUCGCAUGCAGCUCCAUACACGGAUGAGCAACCGGCGGGUGGUGGUGGUGAUUGUAGUCAUCUGGACUAUGGCCAUUGUGAUGGGUGCUAUUCCCAGUGUAGGCUGGAACUGUAUCUGUGACAUUGAAAAUUGUUCCAACAUGGCACCCCUCUACAGUGACUCCUACUUGGUCUUUUGGGCCAUCUUCAACUUGGUGACCUUUGUCGUCAUGGUGGUUCUUUAUGCUCAUAUCUUUGGCUAUGUUCGCCAGAGGACGAUGAGGAUGUCUCGGCAUAGUUCUGGGCCCCGUCGGAAUCGGGAUACCAUGAUGAGUCUCCUGAAGACUGUGGUCAUUGUGCUUGGUGCCUUUAUCAUCUGCUGGACUCCUGGAUUGGUCUUACUACUUCUCGAUGUGUGCUGUCCACAGUGUGAUGUUCUGGCCUAUGAGAAAUUUUUCCUUCUGCUUGCCGAAUUCAACUCUGCCAUGAACCCCAUCAUCUACUCCUACCGGGACAAGGAGAUGAGUGCCACCUUCAGACAGAUCCUCUGUUGCCAGCGCAGUGAAAACACCAGUGGCCCCACGGAAGGCUCAGACCGUUCAGCUUCCUCCCUCAACCACACCAUCUUGGCUGGAGUUCACAGCAAUGACCACUCUGUGGUUUAGAAAGGAAACUAAGAUGAGAAGUCAGCCAUCAUUCCUUAACACAUGAAUGAAUGAGAAGUCAGCCAUCAUUGCUUAACACAUGAAUGAAUAGUUCUCCCCCUUCCCAAAUGCCAGGGCAAGGUGGGAUCUGAAAGAGAGAGGAAAUAUAAACUCAUGUACUUAAACACUAACCAAUGGCAGUAUUUGUUCCUAGACCCCCAAAGACUUGAUAUAUAUUGAAAAUUAGCUUAUGUGACAACCCUCAUCCUGAUUCCCAUGCCUUUUGAAAGUAGAAAGUGGAGAUCUUGCUAUGGAAGUCACAAAUAGACUCUGAGUGUCCAUUAGACUACACUAACUAGACUUCAAAAGAUUUUGUGUGGUUUGGUGCAAGUCAGAAUGAGUUCUGACUAAUUGAAUCCACAACUUCAUUUACAUACAGGCUUUUUUAUUUUUAAAGGAUACAUUUCAUUUAAUAAACAUGUUUAUACCUAUCAGCAUGCUUGUGAUGGAUAAAGAACUAUAGACUGUUUUUAAGUUACCGUAACUCCAUUUUUCCUUUUAUUGGAAAACUAUCAAUUAGAAUUAUUGUUUUAGAAAGCAUGCAUGUAAUGUAUGUAUGCAGUACGCCUUACUUAAAAAGAUAAAAGGGUAUUAAUUGUAAAUCUUCUAGGAAAUAGAAGAAUCUAGAUGUUAAAACAAGUAUUGUUUAGGUCAUGAAACCAUGCUCUAAUCACAAUAUUACCUUUUUAUUAAAGUGUUGUAACAGUGUAAAACAGGAAAUUUAUUACCAAAAAUAUACUCUAAAAACGCAUAGAAAAUGAAGCACAGUAAUACUUCCCCACAUAUUUAUCAUAUCCAAGUGCAUUCGAAUAACCAGUACAUCAGAGGAGUUUUUUUUUUAAUAGCCUGUGUUUUCCUGUAUUAUAAAAUAAUACGUAGUCAUUGUAGAAAACUUGAAAAAGACAGACAUGUAUAAGCCAGAAAGAAUACUGAUAUCACAAAUGACAAAUAACUACCAUUAACAGCUUUUUCCUCUGUGUAUGCCUGUCUAUAUAUUACAUACCUUUUUAUAUAAUUGGGAUCAUACUGUAGCCAGUUUUAUAACCAGUUUUUCUUUCCACUGCAGAAUUGCCCCAUUUUCCUAUGGCAUUGAAAUUUUACAAAAAUAUAAUUUUAGUGGCUAUGUAAUACUCCAUUUAAUGGAUGCAACUCAGUUUAUUUAACCAUUCUCAUAUUGUGGACUACUUAGGUUAUUUCUCAUUUUCACUGUUAUAAAUAAUGUUACAAAAAUUUUGUGUACAUAAAACUUUGUCCAUAUCAUUGAAUAUUUACUUAGGACAUAUUCCCAUGAAGGAUUUUUUUUUAAAUGUGAAAUGUCUUUUUAUGCUCUUACCUUUUAUAAAAAGGGAUUUCCUGCUUUUGCACUGCGUGGUUGGCAAUUGUGAGGAAUGCCAGGUAAAUUACUUUUUUUACAGAGGAAAUUAAGUGGUUACUUUAGUUGAGGGUGCUCAGGAUGGAGCAGAAACAAUCGACUGUCACAAAUAAUGAGGACACCCUAAUUUGUUUCACAAUCCCAAAUUUCAUUUGAGGGACAGAUUAAAUGGUUCUUGGUAGCCACGGCUGUAAUGUAGGAUUGAAGAAAAUGCAAAGAACUCAAGUGUGCCAGUGAAUAAAGGAUCUUCCUAUUAAAAAAGCUUGGUGCCCUUCUAUAGCAAGUGGGUUGAGCAUGUCAAUCUGUGACUGGAUACUGUGUAUUUUCUAGGAACUGCCCCAGUAGACUGUCACCAUGUUAAAUGAGACCGGUUUAAUGCAUUGGCCAGAUAAACCAGUAAUUUCACCAGUUUGUUAUAAUAAGUGACCUAUAAAGUGAGAGUCGUGAGGCAGGUAUAGGAAAGUCAGGAGUACGUCUAAGAGAAAGGUACACAGAGAAUGGUUGACUCCCUAGGAAGGAGGAAGUCAAUGCAUGUCAGCAUCUGAGCAGGGACAGAUUGUCCACAGUGAAAGAGCUCGGGAACCAGAGAGCAGAAUGGUGUUUGCACAUACUUUAUAGAAAAUACAGAGUGUUCUGUAUUGGAAGUGAAGGAAAUGAACUUGGACUUCUCAUGUGCAUAUAUUCUGAAGAAGUUAUGGACCAUUGGAAAUGAAAAACACUAAUUGGACCUUAAUAAAUCAUUCUCAAUCCGUGUUUGGUAAUGUGUGCUUCUGGUCAGUGCUAUUUCUCUCAUCCAAGAGUUUUCCGGCUUCCGUUGCAUGGUGCCUUCCCUGUGGGACUUUAUUUCACUGUCAAAGUGCCUCUGAACUGAGGUGAAGGCAGCAAUUGCUUUUCCCGCACAGAACUGCUUUUUUCAACCUUGGUAAUCAGUCUUUCCAAUGUCCAGGAUAAGGCUGUUUAUUUUGCGUGUCUAAAGGAGAGACAGCAUUUUAGGACAAUACUCCAAUGGUAAAACUAUUAAGAGUGGAGGGUUUUUGGGGAAAACUGAUUUUAUAAAAAAUUUCUGACAGCUCUAUGAAAACACAGUAGUAAUUUGUAAAGUCACAAUAGUCUGUGCUUAUAGAGUGAACAAGAUAUAAGUGAUAGGUACCUGCCAAUUAUAUAUUCAAUGUAUUGCUUAAGAUGUUAGAAAAAGAUCAACUGUUUAGUCUCAUGAAUGUCUCCAUGAUUAUUUAGAAGAAAAUGCUGAACCUUUAAAUUUAGGUGGAUGUAAGAUGGUUAGAAAUCAAAUGUCUUAGACUCUUCUUCACAAAUUAGUCACAUCUCAUUACUCCCUCCUUUUGUUUUUUAUUAGUGAAACCAUAAUUCCAUAGACUGAAAAUCUCAAUUGAUUUUCUACAAUUAGUGAAUCUUAGAGGUUUUUCAUUUCCUCUCCCACUUAACUAUUGCCUUAGUUUCUCCUCUUCAUAUUUUGUUUAUUCCAUUAAACUCUUAAUUUCUCUGAUUAUUUCUAGCCCUUCCCCUAACCUAGAGUUUGACACCUGGCUAGAUAAAAAUGGUAGAAACACUUCUUUGUCCAGUUAAUUCAUUAUGCCAAGGUGAGCAAACAGUUUUUUUUUUUUUUUUUUUUUUUUAUGCCAAGACCUAUUGAAACAAAUACCUUGUUCUUUUCUACCAAGUGAGCUUUUCCUGAUCCCACCCCCUUAGAGGAUUGGCAUUUAUGUGUUUGGAUGGACUUGACCCUAUGCACCAUCCAGUAUAGGUAUGUGUGUAUAACUCAGAGUGAAGACAGUUGAUGUGUCUUCCAAAGCAAGUUCUGUUCAUUCUGUGACAUUCACCUGUACCUUGUAGAGUCUACAUGCAAAAUUCUAAUUCUUUAAACUUAGACUACUCAUAUUGACAGAGUGCUUACUAAUUUGUUAAAUGGUGGCAUCAUGUAAAGACAAUUUUAAAUCUAGAGUAGGGGUUGGAAAACUAAGACCAAUUGGCCAAAUCUGCUUUUGUGGACCUAGGAGCUAAGGAUGGUUUUUACAUUUUUAGAUGAUUGAGGGAGAAAAAUUAUUUAGUGGCACAUAAAAAUUACGUGAAAUUCAAAUGGCAGUCCACAAAUAAAGCUACAUUGGAACACAGCCACACUCAUUAGCUUAUGUAUUGUUUAUGGCUACUUUUGUACUACAAUGACAAAAUUGAAUAGGUGCAACAGAGAUUGUCUUUCAAAGUCUAAAAUCUUUACUCUGACUCUGUACAGAAUAAGUUUGCCAACCCCUUAUUUAGAGAAUCUCAUUUUCAACCAUGUUGUCCUCAUUUGAUCUUGUUAUGCAUUAGAAGAAUAAGGGAAAAUUGGGCACAUCAUGAUCUUCUGAGCUCUGAACUACAGAGAAAAUUAUAAAUUACAUUUUUUAUGCUAAAUGUAAUUUUUAUUCUGAAACACUCGAAUUUGCAAAAAGGUUUGCUAAAUGUCCAAGACAGUUUUCCUAAACCAUUUGGAAAUGACCAAAUAAUGCCUUCUCAUCGUUUAAUAAUGUAUGAUUCUUAUAGCCAACGACAUUCUUUUUCAUAACCUCAGUCAAUACAUCAGGAAAUUAACCAUCAGAAUCAAGAAAUUAACAUUGACACACAUGCCACCAUUUUAACUUGACCCCACUGAAGUUUUUUUAUCAGGGUCACUGGUCAAGAGACUUGUCAAGGUUGGAGGUCAUCUAUCUCUUGAGUCUUCUUCACAAAUUAGUGAAUCUUGAAAAGUCCUUUAGUCUAUUGUUGACCUUUUACGAUCUUGUCAUUUAAAGACCACGGAACAGUCAUUUUGUAGAAUAACCCUCAGUUUUGGUUUCUCUGUAUUUCUUCCUGACAAAGACCAGUGUGCUAUUGUGCUAGUCUUCUCACUGCCCUACCAAGUAGUACAUGAUACUAACUUUUCCCAUUACUAGUGGUAUUAAAAUUGAUGACAUGAUUAAGUUGGUAUCUUCCAAGUUUUUAUCUUUUCCCCUUUGUAAUAAGCAUUUUAUAGUAAGUAGUUUGUUCCUCAUAGAAUUUUAAUGCCUCAGCAUCUAUUGACAU